AUGCUUUUUUACAUACUGUGCACAAUUCUAGCACUAAUAUGUGGCAUUGUAGUCGAUAUGCUUUUCCUGGACACAGGCAUCUCACAAAAAUUGUUGAAUGUUAUCUUCCACAAGAGCAGUACUCGCACUGACUACCCAAGGGACACUGUGAUACUGUUCCAGCUCAGCAGAGGUCCCUAUGCCCCCAGUCUGUCUCCCUUUCCCCUAAAGCUGGAGACUUAUUUGCGUGUGGCAAAAAUACCAUAUGAGAAUGAUCUCUCAAACAAGAUGUCAAAAAAGGGAAAGACCCCUUGGAUAAUGUACAAUGGGGAGUCUGUCGCAGAUUCACAGUUCUGUAUUGACUACUUGAAUAAGAAACUGGAUAUCGAUCUCAACUCUCACUUAACAGAAUCAGAGAAGGGAAUCGCGAGGGCAUUCCAAAAAAUGACUGAGGAAAACCUUUACUGGGCCAUAGCAUCAUGGCGCUGGUACAUAGAUAAAACAAAAGCCAUAAAGCAAUUAAUCUCGGUACCAUCCUUUGUGGUUUGGUAUGUUGGUCGAAUGGUCAAAAAAUCCACAUGGGGACAUGGAAUUGGUCGACACACUCCUUGUGAAAUCAAGGAAAUUUCAUUAAAAGAUCUAUCUGCACUGUCGAACUUCCUUGGUGAAAAAAAUUACCUAAUGGGAGAUAAGAUAUCUGAAGUUGACUGUGCGAUAUUUGGUAUGCUGGCUCAAAUUCUCUACCACAGUCCUGGCUCUCCUCAUCUGAAAUUUGUGACAGAGUCAUGUCAAAACUUGGUUGAUUACGUGGAGAGGAUUAAACAGGAAGUCUGGCCAGAUUGGAACGAGAACAUUACGAGACCUCCAACAAAAUAGACAAUUGUUUAAAAAAGUAUCAAUGUGACUGAGUGACAAUAAUGUAGGAGGUGUUAUAUGUGAGGCAUGCUUAUAGGGCGAGUAUCAUAGGACAGGAUGAUUUAUAAUGGCACAUUUGUGAUCCGUGUUACUUAAUCAUGUUCUGUCCUAUGUGCU